AUGAGCCAAUGUGUGCAUCGCACACUGCGUGAGGACCUGAGGGACACUGCAAAAAUAGCCUCUACGAGGCUACAAGGACUCCAAGUUCUACACCGGUCGGGGCAUAGAAAGAAAGGUAAACAGAAAUCAGUUGUGGAGAGCAAUGAGGAAUUGGAAUUGCCUCUGGAGCUCCAGGAUCAGCUGGUGAAAAUGCAGUUGAAAGGUGAACAACCUAGUGAUGAUUGUAUGGAGAAUGUAGAUGUUUUCUUGCACACUGUUGAUAAGUCGGAGCUGGACAUCAAGGACAUCAAGUAUGUUGCAUGGGUAUUUAUCAAAUGGGGUGAUCUGGGCUAUGAUGAAGCAACCUGGGAUUCUCCCCCUCAUUCUGAGGAGCCUGACAAGGACAUCAAGAAGCUGGAGAGCAGAGUGAAGGAUGGAUACACACAGCAUGCCCUUUGCCAGAAACAUCAACCCAAGCUCACCGGCAUGCUAACGAUCUUUCAGAUGAAUGGCUUUGACUGGCUCUGUGACAAUUGGUGGAACUUGCAACCCUGUAUCCUUGCUGAUGAGAUGGGCCUGGGUAAGACAGUCCAAAUUGUGACUUUCCUUGAGACUAUCAUCAAUAGGUGGCAAGGCACUCCUGCUCUUGUCGUUGUUCCCAACUUAGAUAUGUUCCGCUAUCCAUGCCCCCAUAGACGUCCCUGUCACUAUAAUCAGGACCAAGCUGUCAAAGCCACCAAAGCAUACACACUAGAAGCUGAAGUUGCCUGGCUGCGUGCUGAGGACACUGAGCUUUAA